GACUGUUAACUAGCAAUGUUAGCUAGUAGCCUAGCGUGUUCCUUAUUUUCCAGCUGUCGCUUAGCAACAACGACUUUUACAAAGUUAGUUUUAACGUAACGUUACGUUGAGGUGUCGCUAAUGUUAUAUUUGUAAUGAGCAGGACAGCAUUCAGGUGAAGAGCCUCCCUCGGGGCUAAAAAUACACACUUACCAAAUUAGACUGUGGCUGAGCUGCUGUAGCUAACGUUAGCUAACUGAGGCAGCUGCCAGGCUCUGUAACAGUAGCUUCUAGGUUUGGAGCAGUUAAAACAGAAAAAAUGGCUGAGGCAGUUGCAAACGUGGCCCGGAGGGUUAAUGCGACCGUCGAGGAUGGGAAAGACACAUUGGACUUGUCAAACUGCAAGCUCAUUUCCUUCCCAGACGGUGUGUUCAAGGUCCUGAGGAGUGUCUCAGAAAACAUCCGUAUUAUCACACUGGCUGACAAUGAGAUGAAGGCCAUAACCAGCAAGUUCUUUUCAACCUUCACUCAGCUGAGAGAGCUGGACCUGCGAGGAAACGUUCUCACCAAGCUGCCUGACACUGUGGGAGAAAUGAAGCAUUUGACCUGCAUCAAUCUGGCAUUCAACAACUUCUCCGUCUUCCCUGAUAAGCUCACUGAAAUAGCCACACUGGAGAGAAUUAACCUGGAGGGGAACAGCAUCACCGAAAUACCAGUGGAGAAGCUGUCAGGCAUGCCAGCACUGAAGUGGCUGAACGUGAAGUCGAACCCUUUGGACUCAAACACUCAGUCUGCUCUGCAAUCUCCCCACAACUUUGAAACAGAGUCCUAAAAUAAGUUGUGUAUUUUAUUCACAGGACUGCAUGCUGCGUGCCUUUAACUACUUCAGCUGGAUGCUUUGGUGUGCCUGAGAUAUGAGGAAACACAAUACUUGAAGAUAUAACUUAAGAUAUCUCAAUGGGUUUACAGGAAAAAAAAAGGUGUGCAAUCAAAUUUAGUGUCCUUACUUAAGUUAAUCAGUCCUGCUGGCAACCAACCUGUGGCCUUUACUUUGUUCUCUUUGUAUGAACUACACAAAGCUGAAGUUGGUGUUUGGAGAUGAGAUCAAUUCUUUUACACUGUCUGAUAUAGUUUCGUCUCCAUCGAGACAAAAGUCAUUAAUAGACUUAUUUAUUGUUUUUUAUAGUAUAUAAGGAAGUUUUUUCAAUUAAAGAGUAUGGGUUGGAAACUA